AUGUUGGACUACCUGAAGGAUAAGAAGGACGUGGGCUUCUUCCUGAGCGUUCAGGCUCUGAUGCAGACCUGCAGCGUUUUGGACUUGAAUGCAUUUGAGAGACAGAACAAGGCAGAAGGACUUGGGAUGGUUUCAGAGGAGGGCGGCAAUGAGAAAGUGAUGGCGGAUGACGAGUUCACCUGUGACCUGUUCCGCUUCCUGCAGCUCCUUGACUUUUACUGGUAUUACUCGGGAAAAGACAUCAUCGAUGACCCCGGAAAGAGGAAUUUCUCCAAAGCCAUGACGGUGGCUAAGCAAGUCUUCAACAGCCUGACUGAGUACAUCCAGGGGCCGUGCACGGGGAACCAGCAGUCUCUGGCCCACAGCCGGCUGUGGGACGCCGUGGUGGGCUUCCUGCACGUCUUCGCCCACAUGAUGAUGAAACUGGCUCAGGACUCCAGUCAGAUCGGGCUCCUGAAGGAGCUCCUGGACCUUCAGAAGGACAUGGUGGUGAUGCUGCUGUCCCUGCUUGAAGGCAACGUGGUGAACGGCACCAUCGCCCGGCAGAUGGUGGACAUGCUGGUGGAGUCGUCCAGCAACGUGGAGAUGAUCCUCAAGUUCUUCGACAUGUUCCUGAAGCUCAAAGACAUCGUGGCGUCCGACGCCUUCCGCGACUACGUGACCGACCCCCGGGGGCUCAUCUCCAAGAAGGACUUCUCCAAAGCCAUGGACAGCCAGAAGCAGUACUCCCCCUCGGAGAUCCAGUUCCUCCUCUCCUGCUCCGAGGCCGACGAGAACGAGAUGAUCAACUUCGAGGAGUUCGCCGACCGCUUCCAGGAGCCGGCCAAAGACAUCGGCUUCAACAUCGCGGUGCUGCUCACCAACCUGUCGGAGCACGUGCCCCACGACACCCGGCUGCAGAACUUCCUGGAGCAGGCGGAGAGCGUGCUCAACUACUUCCGGCCCUUCCUGGGCCGGAUCGAGAUCAUGGGCGCCAGCCGGAGGAUCGAGCGCAUCUACUUCGAGAUCAGCGAGGCCAACCGCAACCAGUGGGAGAUGCCCCAGGUGCGGGAGUCCAAGCGGCAGUUCAUCUUCGACGUGGUGAACGAGGGCGGCGAGAGCGAGAAGAUGGAGAUGUUCGUCAACUUCUGCGAGGACACCAUCUUUGAGAUGAACAUCGCCGCCUCCAUCUCCGAGCCCGAGGGCGACGGCGAGGAGGAGGAGGACGAGGAGGAGGAGGAAGAGGGCGGGGGGGACGAAGGGGAGCCCGGGGAGGGGGAGGAGGGCAACGGCGAGGGCGCCGUCCCGGAGUCCGCCUCGGCCUUCGCCGAAUUCAUCAAGAGCGUGGUGAACUUCUUCAACAUGUUCACCUUCCGAAACCUUCGGCGGCGAUACCGCAAGCUGAGGCGGAUGACCAUCAAGGAGAUGGUGGUGGGGCUGGUCACCUUCGUCUACACGGUGCUGAUGGGCGUCCUGGUCUUCGUCUACAACGUCUGCAAGGGCUUCUUCACGCUCGUCUGGAAGGCGCUGUUCGGCGGCGGCCUCGUGGAGGGCGCCAAGAAGAUGACCGUCACCGAGAUCCUGGCCAGCAUGCCCGACCCGACCCAGGACGAGGUCCACGGAGACCUGCCCCCUGAACCGGGGGCCAGGGAGGUCCAGGACGCGGACGGGGGGGCGGACCACUUGGAUUCCGGUGGAGGGGAGGAGGAAGACGAGGGCGGGGAGGAAGGGGAAGGCGGGCGCCUGCCUGGGUUCAACACCCCUGGAGGACUCGGGGACUUUGGAGAGACGACCACAGAGGAGCCCCCGACUCCCGAGGGCACCCCGCUGUUGACGAGGAAGCUGGUAGUCUUUUUCCUCCUGAUUUUAGUCUAUCUGUCUAUCUAUCUAUUAAAACAGUUGGCUGCUGCAGUGGGUGGAGGAGGGGAGGAGGAAAAGGCCGAGCCGGAGGAAGAGCCCCCUCAGGAGACGGAGAAAGCCGACACGGAGAACGGAGAGAAGGCGGAGAAGGUGGAGAAGCCGGAGAAGGUGGAGCCCGAGCCGGAGGUGAAGGAGGAGGAGCCCGAGCCGGAGGAGGAGGUCGCCGUGAAGACCAAAUCCAAGAAGGACAAGAAGACAGCGGAGGGCGGCUUCCAGCUGUGGAACGAGCUGGAGGUGCAGAGGAUCAAAUUCAUGAACUACCUAUCCCGCAACUUCUACAACCUGCGUUUCUUGGCUCUGUUCAUCGCCUUUGCUCUGAACUUCAUCCUGCUCUUCUACAAGGUGUCUGACAGCCCCCCGGGCGAGGAGGAGCUGGAGGGCUCGGGUCUGUUUGAGGGCUCGGGCCUGUUCGAGGGCUCUGGGGCUGAGGAGGACGGAUCCGGGAUGGAGGAGGGAGGGGAAGACGACGAGGAGGAGGGGCCCCAGUACUUCUUCCUGGAGGAGAGCACGGGCUACAUGCAGCCGGCCCUGUCUUUCCUCUCCAUCGUCCACACCAUCAUCUCCUUCCUGUGCAUCAUCGGCUACAACUGCCUGAAGGCGGGUGGCUUCAGUCGAUGA